AUGGAAGGAGCAGACAUCAUACACCCCUCCUUAAAGGGCUCGAUGCAAGACGAUUCAGCACAAGGUCAGGUCUACUGGGACUUACCAGGCCUCGUCAUUUCUGCGAGCGUUAUGAUGGUCAUCUUUGUUUGCGCUGCCAUCGGCUUUCUCAGCUGGAAGGUCUACAUCCAAGACGGGGGUUAUCGCGAGCCAUACGAGAACGAGAUGGUACAGGAGCUCAACGAGAUAGAGCUAGAAGACCUGCUCGUCUGUCGCACCCGAGGGGAGCAGGGAGCAUAA